GGUUGUUGUUGUUGUUGUUUUCUAUCAAAUUCAGCAUGUUAGUUCUAGUUCCAGUUCCAGAUCCAUACAAACCCUAGAUUCGAUUCUACCAUCGUCGCCUCAAUUUGGCUGUUCAAAUCACUCCAAAUCAAGUAAGAAUUUCAUUGCUCUCUGCUUUGUAUUCAUCAUUUAGUUGCUUGAAAGUUGAAGCUGUAAAACGAUCGUUUCUUUCAUUUUGCUCCAUUCCAAUCUGAUUAUUGGAACGAAAGGGAUGGGAAGGUGUUGAAUAUGGUGAUUACUGAUUAGAUUGGAUUCCCUAUGAUCGAUGGCUUCGAUUCGGAGAACACUUUCGCCUUAUCACGAUCGCUCACAUCAAAACGGAGGGAAUACUAGUCCUUUUUCAUUGAAUUCUCCUUCGCAUAAGCUUAAUUCCACCACUAGAUUCGCCUCGCCUCUGUCUACAUUCGGCGUUGGAGUGCGUAGAUUUAUAGGAGGAUUUUUGUUAGGCUUGGCACCGUUUGGUGAAUUCGAAGAUGUUAAGAGUCGCGACUUUUCAUUUGAGGUCAAUCACCCACCGAUCCUAGACGUGAAAGAGGAUAUCGUGGUCAAGAAGGUGGAAUUAGCUGUUGAGAAAAGAGAAAAUGUAAAAGAGAGGUUUGAUUAUGUUGCUAGGAAACAGUUAAUAGUUGUGACACCCACUUAUAAUCGAGCUCUUCAGGCGUUUUAUUUAAAUAGACUAGGGCAGGUCCUUCGGCUUGUACCUCCGCCAGUUCUUUGGAUUGUUGUGGAGAUGAAUGCGGCUUCUACAGAAACUGCGGAUAUUCUUAGAGGAAUGGGAAUUAUGUAUCAGCAUUUGGUAUGCACCAAGAAUCUUACGAAUAUGAAGGACAGGGGGGUUCAUCAGCGGAAUAGAGCACUCGAACACAUUGAGCACCAUAAGCUUAAUGGCAUUGUCUAUUUUGCAGAUGAUGAUAAUAUCUAUUCGCUCGAAUUGUUUGAGACCUUGAGAGAAAUCAGUCGUUUUGGCACUUGGCCAGUUGCAAUGCUUGCACAAAGCAAAAACAAGGCAGUUUUGGAAGGUCCUGUGUGCAAUGGAAGUCAUGUAAUUGGAUGGCACACAAAUGAGAAGAGUAAAAGGCUUCGAAGAUUUCACGUCGAUAUGUCAGGAUUUGCAUUCAACAGCACGAUCUUGUGGGAUCCAAAGAGAUGGAAAAAACCCACCUCAGCUUUGAUUCGUCAAUUGGACACUGUCAAGGAGGGUUUCCAAGAGACCACCUUUAUAGAACAAUUGGUGGAAGAUGAGAGCCAAAUGGAAGGUACUCCCUUUGGAUGUUCUAAAAUCAUGAACUGGCAUCUCCAUUUGGAAGCUCAUGAACUUGGUUAUCCUAGAGGCUGGUCGCUUCAGAAGAACCUUGGUGCUAUUCUCCCUAUUGAGUAAAAGCAAUGCAUGUGACCUUGAAAACAAGAGCCAGAAAGAGUGAUAAUGCCAUGUCAUUAUUUCCGAUUGGCUGAUCGGGCAUUGAGUUUCGACCAAAAGCAUCGCUUCCUUUUUUAGAAGCGGAGCAAGGUGAUGAAAGAAAUGAGUGAUUUCUUUCUUUAAAUUUUUGUGUUAUGUGUAUGCUUCUUAUUCUUUUACUUGCUAUAUAUA